CGCUGAUUCAAUUUCCCCAGCGCGCAGAGGGUCCCAAAUCAAAAAAGAAUUAAAAAGUGCUGGGCCGAGCUAAUUAACUUACCAGGGCGGUCAAGUCGCGCCAGAGAGAACAUCCUCCGUUAUCUGCGAUUGCACCCUCGUUGUCGAUUCCCUCCUCAUUACCCAUACUCGAAGGACUCUACGAGUCGCAGCAUUCCCUAGUUUUGUUGUUGGGCGCGACUGCGACCUACAACCUACGACCUAUCGGUAUCUCACAGCGCCCGGAAAUCGUCGGCGCCUCCCAAUUCGACAGUCGGCAUUUCCAAUUGCCCAUCUCCCCGCGACACAAGGAUUCGCCAUGGACGCUGUCGCCAAUACGACGAGCUUCACCUCGCCUCUCGCCAAUGCCCAACUACACAGUCAUGCUGCCGGUGCCUCGGGGUUGGUCGGAAGGUUGCUUGCGCAGUUGAACAUCUGGACAGUGAUUGUGACCCUCCUGCUGGUUCUGGUCGCCUACGAUCAAUGUAGCUAUCAGUACCGCAAGCAUGGCAUUGUUGGACCGGCCUGGAAGAUGCCUUUCAUCGGGCCUUUCCUCGAGUCAAUGCAUCCAGACUUUAACAAGUACAAGACGAAGUGGGAAAGCGGAGAUCUGAGCUGUGUCUCUGUCUUCCACAAAUUUGUUGUAAUUGCCUCAACCCGAGAUAUGGCUCGCAAGGUCUUCAACUCGCCAAUGUUUGUCAAACCGACCGUGGUCGAUGUCGCUCCGAAACUGCUCCGACCUACCAACUGGGUGUUCUUAGAUGGCAAGGAUCACGUCGAAUAUCGAAAGGGCUUGAACGGGCUGUUCACUCGACAGGCAUUGGAAAUGUACCUGCCAGGUCAAGAGGAGGUCUACAGCAAGUACUUCAAGACAUUUGUCGACAUGACCAAGGAAAAUGGCAUGCAGCCGAAACCAUGGAUGCCCAUACUGCGAGAGCUGAUGUGCGCCGUAUCCUGCAGAACGUUUGUUGGUCAUUACAUGAGCGAAGCCGUGGUCAAGAAAAUUGCCGUGGACUACUACUUGAUCACCGCUGCAUUGGAACUGGUCAACUUCCCCAUCAUCCUCCCCUUCACCAAGACUUGGUACGGCAAAAAGGCAGCCGACGUGGCUUUGAAUGAGUUCGCCAAGUGUGCGGCUAAGUCCAAGGCACGAAUGGCGGCUGGUGGCACCGCGAACUGCAUCAUGGACGCUUGGAUCAAGCAGAUGCAAGAUUCGGCCAAGUAUCGCGAACGAGUUGCCAGCGGUAAGAAGGUGGACGAGGCCGACAAGCCACCGAUGUUGCUGCGCGACUUCACCGACUUUGAGAUCGCCCAGACCGUUUUCACUUUCCUAUUUGCUUCCCAGGAUGCCACUUCGAGUGCUUCUACCUGGUUGUUCCAGAUCAUGGCCGAUCGACCGGACAUUUUGGACAAGGUCCGAGAGGAGAACCUUAGACUGAGAGGCGGCGACAGAAACAAGCCAUUUGAUAUGGACAUGCUAGAAUCAAUGGUCUGGACGAGGGCCGUGGUCAAGGAAACCUUGCGAUACCGCCCACCAGUCAUCUUUGUGCCAUACGUGGCCAAGAAGGACUUUCCCAUGACUGAAACAUAUACGCUGAAAAAAGGAUCAAUGGUCAUUCCUGCCGUCUGGCCGGCGACUCACGAUCCUGAGGCAUACCCAGAUCCCGACAACUUUGUUCCUGAAAGAUGGAUCACUGGAGAUGCCGAUAAGCAAGUCAAGAACUGGUUGGUAUUUGGCACUGGGCCUCAUUACUGCCUUGGCCAGACUUAUGCUCAAUUAAAUUUGAUGGCGAUGAUUGGCAAGGCCAGUAUCCUGCUUGACUGGGUACACGACCCGACGGCGAUCAGUGAAGAUAUUGAGGUCUUUGCCACUAUCUUCCCUCAGGACCAUUGUAGAUUGACCUUUACUGAACGAGCAUAAACAUGGCAUGAGGGGUUGGGUUUUGUUAUUGCGUGCUGCGUUCGGCGAUAUAAUUGACUUCGGAGCAGUCCAUUGCUAGGAAGAGGUCCACAUCCUAAGGGCGAGCUUUCAUAGGGGUGGGAAUGCAUGAUAAUUGACUACUUGCGGAAGGACAAGUUUCAAGGGGAUUGCUGGGGAGUAUUCAUCCAUAAAGCAUUGUUUAGGCGGCAAGAGCCCGCAAUUCGAGGUAUCUCGAGUCUCGAAGACGAAGGCGCAUUCAUCUGUACAUAGAUUGUCUACGGACGACGGAAGUUUGGAUAGCUUGCAUGUCCGAUCGUAUCCAUAUUGAAUACUGUAUCAAUAUUGCUCGACCAAGAUC